AUGAGAGCUUCAAAGAAGAAGGUUUCAUGCAGAAGGCUUGGAGGGUACCUCAAAGAGCAAAAAGGAAGACUAUAUAUAAUUAGAAGAUGUGUUGUCAUGCUUCUCUGCUGGCAUGACUAG